GACGGACGGCGCGGCGGGCCAAUGGGCGGGGAUAAGAGCGGGGCGGGGCGGGGAGUCAGCUGACGGCGGGGCGUGGAGCGGCUGGUGCUGCCCCGAGAUGACCACGGCGCUGACCCAGGGGCUGGAGCGGAUCCCCGACCAGCUGGGCUACCUGGUGAUCUGCGAUGGAGCGGUGCUGGCGUCGGCUGGUGACCUGGAGAACGCCGAGCACACGGCGGGGGUGAUCUCGGAGCUGGUGGCCACGGCCUGCGGCUUCCGGCUCCAGCGUGGCCCCGACCCCCCCUUCAAACGCCUCUCGGUGGUGUUCGGGGAACACACCUUCCUGGUGACCGUCUCUGGCCAGAAGAUCUUUGUGGUGAAGCGACAGAACCAUGUGCGGGAGCCGGUCGCUGUCUGAGCCGCGGGGGCAGGUUCCAUAUGCAAGUGUGGCUGGGUGAAAUUGGGGGCGCUCCCCCCUCAGAGUUCUUGACCUGUGGGGGUCUCGCAGGGGCUGGUUGGGGACCCCCUGGCUUUCCCCCUUGCAGCACCUGCUCCCAUGGCUGCCUGAUUGAAGCCCCUGCACCUGCCAGGCCUAGCUGGGUGGGGUCCCCCACUUCACCAGGGCCCCUGCUGGGGCAGGAGGGCUCCAGAGAUGCCCCUGCAAACACACCCACCCUGUGGGGACAGGAGGGGAGGCUGCAGCGGUAUCUGUGGGGCUUCCUGGAGAUAUGGGGGGGGAGAGAAUAGGCUCCGGCCAGGGGCCUCACUGUAACUGUUCAGAGAAUAAAGUGUUUUUCCUA